AUGGCUGCCGCCAUCGAAGCCAAGAAAAAGCACCCCGGCGAACGGCUCGCCACCUUCUUCGACAACUUCUUCAAGACCAUUCUCAGCGUCUCCACGCUCGGCGCGUCCAUUACCUUUUCGAAACUAGUGGAUGCGCCUACGCCGCCCCUCCACGGCCCCUUCUCCGCCAACGCUGCACAGUCGUACAUGGGCGUCUCAUGGCUGCUGUUCCUGCUGGACCUCGCAGCGACAGCUUUCGCGACGUGUGCGUUCACGCUGUAUCGGCCACAGGCGAUAGCAUACUUCGGGACGGAGAACAGCGAUAAGAGGCGCGUGGUCAUGUGGUACGCUAGUGUGGUGUCUGCGCUGCUGUUUGGGAUACUGGUUGCUGCGUUUCUGUUUCUGGGACUGGUCGUAGUUAGCUUUGCGGGCUGGACGGGCUGGGCGGCUGUGGCGCUUUCGAGUUUUGCGGGGGUGUUGGGCGGGGUGUGUAUUGUUUGGCAGAGUCCGAUUGGGAGUAAGGCGAUUGGGGGCGUGGGACUCAGUCGGGAGGGUACGGGGAUGGAUGAUUAUAGUGGGCAGCAGAGAAUUGUGAGCUUUCAGCAGCAGGUGCAGGUGCUUCCUGAGCAGGGUGUUGCAUAUGUUGAGGAUGACAAAAUCGAUGUUCGGGCAUAUAACGAUGGUGAUGGGUACGAUGCCGGAGGGGGGACCAGGAAGAGCUACGGGGAGGUCGAACGGGUUGUUGUUGCGAGGCCGAUAGUUGCUGAAGUACCUGGAUAUCUGGCUGAUAUGCGGAGAUAUAGGUCCUCUAGGUCUUCGAGAGAUACUAGUUAUAUUGCGAAGUUCUGA